CAUCGUACGGCUCGCAUUCAUUGUUUUGGACAGUUUAAUUGUGGCUACUGCUCUUAACGGUUCGGCGGUUACCAUGAAGCUGCUACUCUUGCUCUUGGCCGGCGUCAUGCUGGCAGGUCUGACUACGGCCGAUUCCAGUUCCAGUUCCAGCUAUAGCUAUUAUCGUCUGCCGACCGCGCUGCGUCCAGAGAAAUACAACUUGCGUGUCCUGACACGUUUGGAGAAUCCCGAGGAUUUGCGUUUUGAGGGCAGCGUUAAGAUUCUUAUUAAAGUUCUGGAGAACACCAAGAACAUAACGCUGCAUGCCAAGAAUCUCACCAUUGACGAAUCUCACAUCACUUUGAAGGACACUUCAAGUGCUGAUAAAAAGAAUUGCAUCUCCUCCACUGAGGUGAAUUCUGUCCAUGAUUUCUAUGUGAUGCACACAUGUGAACAGCUCUUGGCUGGGGAGAUCUAUGAGUUGACAAUGCCAUUCAGCGCCGAUCUCAAUCGUCAACUGGAGGGAUACUACAGAAGUUCUUACCUCGAUCCCGUUGCCAAUAAGACAAGAUGGCUUUCUAUUACACAAUUCGAGCCGGCAUCGGCCCGUUUGGCCUUCCCCUGCUUUGAUGAGCCGAAUUUCAAGGCGCCAUUUGUGGUUACACUGGGCUACCACAAGAAAUACACCGGUCUGAGCAACAUGCCCGUUAAGGAAAUCAAGUCCAAUGAACAAAUUGCGGACUACAUUUGGUGUGAGUUUGAGGAGUCUGUGCCAAUGUCCACCUAUUUGAUUGCCUAUUCGGUAAAUGACUUUACCCACAAACCUUCCACGCUGCCAAACAGCACACUCUUCCGUACUUGGGCACGACCCAAUGCCAUCGAUCAGUGCGAUUAUGCAGCUGACUUUGGGCCAAAAGUGUUGCAGUAUUAUGAGGAUUUGUUUGGCAUUAAAUUUCCGAUGCCGAAGAUCGAUCAGAUUGCCAUACCGGACUUUAGUGCCGGGGCAAUGGAGAACUGGGGAUUGGUCACAUAUCGUGAGAUAGCUUUGCUCUAUUCAUCGGAUCAUUCAUCGCUGGCGGAUAAGCAGCGUGUCGCCUCGAUCAUUGCCCAUGAGUUGGCGCAUCAAUGGUUUGGCAAUCUGGUGACCAUGAAGUGGUGGACAGAUUUGUGGCUAAACGAGGGAUUUGCCACGUAUGUGGCCAGUCUGGGUGUGGAGAACAUUAAUCCCGAGUGGCAUGCCAUGGAGCAGGAGUCGCUGGGCAAUCUGUUGACCAUCUUCCGAAGGGACGCACUGGAGAGCAGUCAUCCCAUCUCACGACCCAUUGAAAUGGUUGCCGAGAUAUCCGAGAGCUUCGAUCAGAUAUCAUAUCAAAAGGGCUCCACCGUACUGCGUAUGAUGCACAUGUUCCUGGGCGAUGAAUCCUUCCGUGCGGGUCUGCAAAGCUAUCUGCAGAAGUUCUCCUACGGCAAUGCCGAGCAGGACAAUCUCUGGGAGUCGCUGACCCAGGCCGCUCACAAAUAUCGCUCUCUGCCCAAGAGCUAUGACAUCAAGAGCAUCAUGGACUCCUGGACCCUGCAAACUGGAUACCCAAUCAUCAACGUGACCCGUGACUAUGAAGGGGGCAGUGCCAAGCUUACCCAGGAGCGCUAUUUGCUCAACACACAGAUUGGUCGCUCCGGACGUGGCGGCUGCUGGUGGGUACCCCUCAGCUACACCACCCAGGGGCAGCAGGAUUUCAAUAACACUGCGCCCAAGGCAUGGAUGGAGUGCGGCAAAACUGGCGAGGUGUUGCCCAAGACCAUUAAGGAUCUGCCGGGUGCGGAUCAAUGGGUGAUCUUCAAUACGCAACUGUCGACGCUCUAUAAGGUGAACUACGAUGAGCGCAACUGGAAGCUGCUGAUUGAGACGCUGACCAACGGUGAAUUUGAGCGCAUCCAUGUGAUCAACCGUGCCCAGCUGAUCGACGAUGCCCUCUAUUUGGCCUGGACGGGUGAGCAGGACUACGAGAUCGCCAUGCGUCUGGUUGAGUACUUGCAGCGGGAGCGCGAGUACUUGCCCUGGAAAUCGGCAUUUGAGAACCUCAAGCGCAUGAAGAACAUUAUCCGACAGACGCCCAACUAUGAGUUCUUCAAGCGUUACAUCCAAAAACUGAUCACGCCCAUUUACAUCCAUCUGAAUGGACUGAACGAUACCUUCAGCUCCAUUGAGCAGCAGGAGCAAGUGCUGCUGAAGACCAUGGUCGGCAACUGGGCUUGCCAAUAUCAGGUGGAAGAUUGCGUGCGAGUUGCACUGGAUUAUUAUCGUGCCUGGCGGGCGGAGCCCAAUCCCGACACGAAGAAUCCCGUGCCCAUCAAUCUGAGGCAAACCGUGUACUGCACAUCCAUUCGCCAUGGCAGCGACUCGGACUGGCAGUUCCUGUGGACGCGGUACAAGAACUCGAAUGUGGCCGCCGAGAAGCGCACCAUUCUGACCUCGUUGGGUUGCUCGCGUGAGGUGUGGGUGCUGCAGCGUUAUUUGGAACUGACCUUUGAUCCAAAGGAGGGCAUUCGCCGGCAGGACUCAAUGUGGGCCUUCCAGGCUGUGGCAUACAAUGAGAUUGGCUUCCAUUUGGCCAGAGAUUACUUCAUGAAUAAUGUGGACUUUAUCUACAAAUUCUACCAUCCGAUCACCAAGGACAUGUCACGCCUGUUGCCACCAAUCUCCGAGCAGACGUUCCUGCUAAGUGACUUUGAGGACUUUAAGAGCUUUGUUAGCAACAACCGAGGCUCAUUGAAGGGCCUGGAACAGGCCAUACAACAAACCCUGGAAACCAUGCUCACAAAUGUACAAUGGAAGGAACGCAAUUAUCGUCAGGUGGCACGCUCCAUUGAAGACUUGCUUUAAGGCGAACAGAGAGUAUGAAUAGCUGCACGUAUAUCCUUAAAUAAAUACAUAUUAUAUUAUAGAUCUUUCUCAAAGUCCUCAUCACCCAUCAGCCCAAUUUUUCCAACAGAGUACACUCUAUAAUUAAAAGUUCCCAAUAAACUAUAUACAACCGAAA